UUUUUCGCAUUCCUUUGUGUUUUCUUCUAGGAAAAAAACUGUUAUCUUGUCUAAAUAACGUUUCGCGUAUUAAACAUUUCUCUAGGAUUUUAGCUUCACUUUCUUCUCCUUGUUCAUUUAACGUUUGGAAUUUUUUAACUGUCCUUUGGCGUACAGAAUAUUAUAAUGUACGUUUAGCUGAAUCAUUCCCACUGAGAGAGAAAGUCAUGAAAACAUAUGGAAAUCUAUCUUGUUAUGAAGGUCAUGUAUUACAGUGGAUUCGUCGAUCACUGCAACACAGUGGGGAGAAUUUGAAACUUUUAAGUACUUCCAUUGCUCGUCAACACUCCGAUUCAAAAUUUUACCAGAAAGCUUUUUCACAAACUUUGAGUCUUACAGAAAAUGAUUCGAAAGAUGUUUUUUUUUUGCUAAAAGAUAUUUAUUGUCACAUUAAACUUUCCGCUAUAUUAUGGACUUUUCGACCGUUGUUCGAAAUAGUCCUAUGGAUGGUAUCUCCAGAUACAUUCAAUCACCUCACAUGCUUAUCUAUUCAGAAAUCAAUAAAAAGUGCUGCAGAAAUGUUCAAAUGGUUUGUUUUUGACAAAAACACGACGCCGAACAUUCAUUUCGCUACAGUAUCGAAAUUCUCCACCAUACUGGACGUUGUUUUCUCGAUAGAAGAUUAUCCAGACUCCACCGAAUCGUCGUUUAACAUGAACUCACUUGAUGAAGUUUCAAAAAAAACCGAAGGAAUCGAUUCUGAGAAGAAGACAAAAAAUGAACAGAGGAAAGUUUACAAUAACAUAAAAGAUACUACAAAUGUCACGAAUAAUCAAAUAGUACAAAAUAACUUUGAUAUGAAAGAAAAUUCUCAAUCAAGCUUUCUAACUGGUCCUUUAUUAAUUGAAAUAGGGCGACAACUUGUUAUGACAGCAUUUUUAUAUGUUACUAUCCAAAAUCAAGCAGCAGUAGGCCAGGUGCUUUAUACUGUUAUAAAGCAUUGGUGUUUUAAACAUUACUCUUUUUCCUUAUUUAUUAUUGAAACUAACUGCUUUUAUUCCUGUAAAGGCACCCUAUCUCAAGGUUCCAUGUACAACAGAGAUAGACCAAGUAAGAUGACAAGUUCUACACUACUUAGAUUAACAAAAGACGCCGCUUCAAAAGAUCUUUUAAAACAUGUAGAGCAAAGUCAAAAUGAUGAAAACACAUUCAACCAACUUGUUGAAUAUAUUGAUGAUUAUUUCACCAUAUCCACAGGCCUUCCUACAUCACUGACGACAAUAUCGGUUUUGACAAGGUCGCUGUCUUAUUUUUGCGUCCCGUCACAAGAAUUUUUACUUUACGAAUCCUCUCAGUUAACAAUACGGGGACUUUAUUUCUAUUUUAAGCUUGAAGGUUUUCUACAAAGUAUUUUUUACAAGAAAAAACAUACAGGAUAUUCCCUUAAUCACUCAACAUGUUUUACUCCUUAUAUUAUUGGUAAAUGGCUUUGGGAUUGCAUAAGUUAUCAGUCUUCGGGAAAUGCUGCUAAUGCUCUGAACGAAAAUAGCAGUACGGUGUCGUCUACUACAACAAUUCAGAAUUUUAAGCAAAAUAAAAAUCCCUUGCAAGAUUCCUUGUCUUACCAUAUAACCUCCGAAGAGAGAAAAAAAAAUUCUAUUUUUUUUGAAAGUCAUAGUGGAAGGACCAUUGUGCAUCCACUUCUCACUGUCUUACUACAUUCUAUGUCUUCUUUCCUUAGUCUCUUUCUCACAGAAUCAAAAUGUUAUGUACUAUCGUCAACAUGUUUGGAAUGGAUAGAAUUUACUUUUUUUCAAUUAAAACUUCAUAUCCUAAAGAAUCAUAAUACAGAAAAAGAAAAUCCCACACCUGCAGAGAACAUCUUUUCCUUCACUUUUGAUAUGGAUGACAUUUCGAUACUUGAAAAAUGGUUAACCUUAAUUGAUAUUGGGGAUAAAAAUAAAAGAGACGUUGUACAAAAUGUGCUGCUUUUGUCAAAGAAGAUAACUAAAAAAAUUGAAACAUAUUAUGCUACGUUGUGUCAAAAAACUCUAAUUGGACGACUGCUAAUAAUGAGUGGUGUAGAACCUCAGAUGCUUCUUUACGGGCUAAAUAACGAAAUAGAGACAGUUCCAUUAGACAAGACAUCAAAUUUCACUUUUGGUGUGUACAAGAGAAACAAUUUACAAUCUGGAUUCCCAGACAUGAUGUCAUCGAUGCAACCUCUUCUUUUUCCGUUACUUGGACGUCAAAUAUUAGAAACAAAUUUGUGCUUUUCUUGUCCACCAUUUUCAAAAAAAGAGUUACCGGUUAGCAACUUGUUAUUGUGGAUAAUAGGUCAAGCUUUCAAAACUGUUUUUUUUUCGUUUCCGCUACUUUUACACAAAAAUUCAACCAGCGAACUCAAGUUUUGCGAUGCUUGAGAGUUUCCCAUGUUAGGGUUGAUUCCUCUAUGCGCCUUUCAAUCACUAAACUAAAGCACAAAUGUUUUGAAAAAAGCUUGCGUUUUUAAUGUUUUGAAUAAACUAUUAGCGUAGUCAGCAAGUGUUCCAAAAAGCAUUGCAAAACCUUUUUUUAACCUAAAACAUGAGCGCAUUUUUAAACGUAAAAAAAACAUGUUUUCUUUUUUUUGCUGAACAGAACAAUACAAGAAAUGUAUU